CCCACAUCAUUUACUUGUACCUUCACUGGGUUUACAGGAAGUAAAACAAAACGACAGGCCAAAAUGUCUGAUAAAAAGAUGACAACGAGCCGUAAGAACUACCUGAAGAGCUUGAUGCUCCAGAUCGCUGCCGUCUUGCUCGAGGCUGAGGCGGUCGAGGCUGAGGCAGAGAAGGCCAGGUACAUGAAGGAAAACUGUCCUGCCCCAGAAUUCUUGGUAUGCAUGGCAGAGCUCACGGACUUGUGCAAGAAGCUCCAUCAGAAGAUCGAGAGGGUUGAUGAGGAGAGAUACGACAUGUCAACCAAGGUGACCAAGUCCGAGAAGGAGGUGACUAGUUCUACCACUGUUACUCAUAUUAUUAGUCUGAGAAGGAGGUGA